CCGCAUUCCACCAAGACGCACACGGGUACAGGAAUUCAAGUCUGCGAGACAAGAGUGAAGGGAGCUUUGGGGCGAAGAAGUGAAAUUGAGCAGGUCUUCACCAUAUGAAGAUGAUGAUGCUACAGAACAUUCAGAUUCGGGAUGGAGAGUACACUAAGACAAUUUAUACACUGAUAAAGGAACAACGCUAUAGUGAAGCUGUGCAGAUACUGAACCACAUCCUAGAUGCCUACCCUAAUUCCAGGGCAGCUCUUUCCCUGCUGGCAUACUGCUACUUUUACAUGCAAGACUUUGUGAAUGCUGCAAAUUGCUAUGAACACUUGACCAUGCUGUUCCCCGAGAUUGAGGACUAUAGGCUGUACUAUGCGCAGUCUUUGUACCAGGCCUGUUUAUAUGAGGAGUCCAUGAAAGUGACGCAUCAGAUCGAAGGAGCCGAUUAUGCAGGCCGCAUCACCAAGCUCCAGGCUGCCAUCAAAUACGGGGAGGAGGACCUGCCUGGAGCCAAGAGCCUGGUUGACCAGUGCCCAGCAGAUGACCCAGACACUGAGGUCAACCAUGGAUGUCUCCUCUAUAAGGAAGGCCGGUUUGAGGAGGCCUGCCAGAAGUUCACAAGUGCCUUGCAAGUGGCAGGCAACCAGCCACAUCUCUCCUAUAACAUUGCCUUGUGCCACUAUCGGCUCAAGCAGUACGCUCCCGCACUCAAGCACAUUGCUGACAUCAUUGAGCGAGGGAUCCGUGAACACCCAGAGCUCAGUGUUGGCAUGACAACAGAGGGCAUUGAGGUGCGCAGUGUUGGUAACACUUUAACUCUGCAUGAAACUGCGCUGAUUGAGGCUUUUAAUCUUAAAGCUGCCAUUGAAUACCAACUCAAAAACUGUGAAUCAGCCAUGGGUGGCUUACCACCUAAGCUAGAAUAUCCAAUAAUAUUUUCUUCAGUUCUGUUUUCUAUUUUUGAGAUGCUGGUCCACCAACUCCAUUUGAAUCUAGUUGCCGUGAGAAAGACCCAAGGAACAGAGGCAUGGUCACUGGAUGCUGUCACACUCCAUAAUCAGGCUCUCAUGAAUAUGGACACGAAGCCCACAGACGGGUUUGAGAAGAUGCAGUUCCUCCUGGGUCAGAACCCUUUCCCUCCAGAGACCUUUGGCAACCUCCUGCUCCUCUACUGCAAGUAUGAAUAUUACCACUUGGCAGCGGAUGUCCUGGCAGAGAACGCACACCUCACCUACAAGUACCUUACACCGCACCUCUUUGACUUCCUUGAUGCCCUGAUCACACAACAAACGUCACCUUCAGAGGCGUACCGCAAAUUUGAUGAACUUGGCUCACGACACAUUGAAUUACUACGGAAACUGACCAAGGUUGUGCAGGAGGCUCGCCAGAACCAUGAUGACGACCAGGUUAAAAAUGCAGUGAAUGAGUAUGAAGAAGUCCUUGAAAGAUACAUUCCUGUGCUCAUGGCACAAGCAAAGAUCUAUUGGGAUCUUGAGAACUACUCACAGGUAGAGAAGAUCUUCCGCAAGUCAGUAGAGUUCUGCAACGAGUCUGAUGUGUGGAAACUGAAUGUUGCACAUGUGCUCUUCAUGCAGGAAAACAAGUUCAAGGAAGCCACUGGGUUCUAUGAGCCGAUUGUCAAGAAGAACUACGAUAAUAUCCUGAAUGUGAGUGCCAUAGUACUAGCCAACCUCUGUGUGUCAUACAUCAUGACAAGCCAAAAUGAGGAGGCUGAGGAGCUGAUGCGCAAGAUUGAGAAGGAGGAAGAGCAGCUGGCAUAUGAAGACCCUGACAAGAAAAUCUACCACUUGUGCAUUGUUAACCUUGUGAUAGGGUAUUAUGCUAAAAGGUGUUUCCUGUCCCUUAUUGAGAAUUUGGCAAAGCACAUGAUAACUGUGAAGGAUUCAGUCAUCCAGGAGUGCAUACAGUUCUUGGAACAUUGUGAAGUCUAUGGGCGGAAUGUGAAGACGCUGAUCGAGCAGCCACUGGAGGAGAUGGCCAUGCACCCAGGCAAAAACACUGUCACAUAUGAAUCGAGACUUGCCAAGGCUCUCCUGCUCCAGAUCCAGCAGAUGUAAAGAAAGAGCAAGAGAAAGGGAGAGUGAGAGAGAGAGUGACUUUUACGAGACAUUAAAGUCAUGGGGAUAUUUCACUAAUUGUCUUAUCUAUUUAAGAUCUGAUUGUAUAUAGAAAUAUAGAAUGUAGAUAAAAACAAAUAUGAUACUGUAAAAUAUUUAAUUGAUUUAGUAAAGGACAUUAUGUAAGUUGAGUCAUGUAUUUGGCGCCUUAAAGUUUGUGAUAAUUUGAUCACUUAGUGCUUUAUACACAGUGAUACCUUAUCAAUUAUAUAUAUACAUAUCAUUAUAAAGAAUAUAUUUAAUAGAUUCCAGAACAGAUAUUAUAUAGCAAAGUUAAUUUUGUUCUCUUUUUCCCUUUUAAUUUCUCUGGGAAACAGUGUACUGUAGAAUCACAGAAUUCUAUUUUUGACAUAUAUUUUGAAUACUUGAACAGAGUGAAAUCUUCUUAUGAAUGAAAGUCUUUAACUAGUUUUAUUUAUUUUAACUAAUGCAACUGGUAUUCAAAGCUACCUGUUGGUUUCUUGCAAAUUUAUGUAGUAAAAUGAUAUACUUAGCACUUUCCCCAGUGCAAGGGGGUCCCACAUCCAAAUAAAUGUAAGGAAGAUAUCAUUGUAUAUCAAAAUAAGAAAAAAUACUGUACUGAAAGAAUAAAGAACAAAGAAUGCUGUGAAGAAUAAAGAAUAAAAAACUAUUC